AUGAGAAGGAGUACGGGUGUGUUCUCAAUCCGCCCCCUCCAACCCCUCCAACCUCUCUACCCCAUGGCGUCCUCGCAGCCGGACCUGCCCCCUUUCGAGGACCAACACGGUUCACCCAAUCAUAUCGGAUCGAUGCUACGUGGCCAAACGUCCAAGUUCGCGUAUCCAGGCAGCGACUCGGCCUUCUCGAACACCAUUUUUCUUUCUUUGUACGAGGAAGAAGAGUAUUUCGAGUCUGUACAGUCAAGAGGGGUCAAGAAAGGGACAGAUGUGACGGAGGUGUCCACCGAGGCCUUAGCCCGGCCUUCUGUGUACUUCAUCUUACGUUUAUUUGACUCACUUAGGGGGUACCACAAGGGAUACCUUGACUUGUCGGGUCGUCAUCCAGAGCGAUAUUAUAUUCUGCAAAGCCAGUGGAACGGGUACCUCUGCAGUUUCUUGAAACUCGAAACCGCAGACGACGAGGUCACCGAAACUUCGAAGCAAGCAGAAAGCUGGAGGCGCUUUCGUCAUAAGUGGCGCCUGCCCGAGUCAGUUAACCACUCGCAACUGCUCAAAUGCACUCAGACUGUCCUCCGAGACCUUAAACAGCACCCAAUGCCUCGAUUCCAGUUGAUUCACCUCACUGACCUGCCAGUCGAGGUGCUGGAUAACAUCAUCAAUCUGGCAUCUCUUGAUGCUGCAAAGGUUCUCUCUUCUACAUGCGGUCUGCUGAACGAAAUCGCUCAGAGACACCUCUUUCGAACCUGGAGGAUCAAGCUUCAUGUUCCUUCCAAUGUUAACCCUUUCAACGUCGAAUAUUCCGAUAUCGAUAUGCCCUUAAUGGCUCAUCAUUGUCGUGCCGAUCUCGAGGCAAACGCACGAUUCGUCCUCUCAACUCAAUGCAUUCGCCACCGCAUCAACAAAUUAGUGUUAACCGACGAAUGGUGGGUCAACCGCAGGGCCCACUCGAACGAAAACAAUCCCUUCGCACUCGCCAUCGAUUUCUACAAGUCAAUCACACGAGCUUUUUGUUCUGUGCUUAAAGGCUCUGCAAAUGUAUCUACACUCGUGCUCUGCAAUAUUGAGCUAGGACCUGAGCUUAUACGCCGGAUUUCCGACACCCCAUCCCUACAUACCCUCGACCUCCAUCUCAGUCGCGUGCCACGUGUCGUACGGCAGAAGCUCUUAAUCGGCGCGUCGUUCGUCUGCCCACGUAUCGCGAACCUGCGCAUAUACAUGGAUUCCAGCUUCCAGGAGACCCACAGUCAGUGGUAUGCGCUCCUUAUAUGCCCCAACAUUCGCACUCUUUCAGUGAUACGAUAUGGUGUUGGUCCAUUUCCGUCGGAGGACGCUGGAUUUUGGGAAAGAUGCGGCCUUGACAGCCUGGAAAGAGUCUUGCUGGACAACAUCGAUGCCAGCGAUCUGACUGGGUUCAUGAGAUGGCUCAUGAUUUCACCUCCAUCCCUCCUCACCCACUUCAAGCUGCACAUGGACUGGGCCAUCCCUGACGUCGACGUGCUCGCCGUCUUGUCAUCCCUUCGACCCGCGCCACUUGAAAUUCUCGUUCUCGAAGGUCUUGCACAGGCAGAAUUCGACGCAUUUCAAACAAUCGGUCGAUGGUUUCCUGAACUCGUUGCUCUGACACUUGUCCGACGACACAAUCGUAACCAGCACCAGAACAAGCUCGCACUAUGGCCACACCCGUCAUGGCAAUAUGCGAAGUAUCUCGAAGGGUUCAAGCGCCUAAAGCACUUCUGUUGGAAUUAUUUGACGGAGUAUUGGGAUGCGACGCCAAGGGCGAUGAUCGCUUUCGAGAAUGACUUCGGUGGCGUUACAGCAGAUGGAUCAGACGCAGCUACCGAUCCAGAGUCUUAUCCAAAUCCCAGCUCGAUCCUCCACGCCGUUGAGAGCGACACUUCAAUGACAACGACGCACCUUCUGGACGCAGAGCCGUCCGACGAAGCGCCCUACUUUCUUGAUAGCCAUUGGAUGGCACUCCCAUUCAUUGCACACUGCCCGACAUUAGAGUCGUUUUCUCUUAUGGAUCGUGCAGUUGACAUGUUGUGUCACAUCUCAAGGGGUUCCGAGUGCUCACAAGUGGUAUUGACACCCAAGUAUUGUUCACAUUUGGUGGAUUCUUGUUGGGAUGUACAGCAGUGGAAUACGGUUGGCUCGCACUGGCCUUCAUUGCCCCCUUUUGCGAGGACCAGGGAUGGCUAA